AUGAAGGAUUUGGGUCUUCUUAGCUAUUUUCUCGACUUGGAAAUCUCUCAUGAUCCGUCUGGUUACUUUCUCUCCCAAGCCAAGUAUACUUCUGAUCUCUUGGCUCGUGCUGCUCUUACCGAUUGCAAGACUACCUCUACUCCUGUUGAUCCUCAGACUCGUCUCACACCUCUUGACGGCCACCAAUUAUCUGAUGCUACUUUAUAUCCUCAACUAGUUGGCAGUCUUGUCUAUGUCACUGUUACUCGUCCAGCCAUUACUUAUGCUGUUCACAUUGUUAGUCAGUUCAUGGCUGCUCUUCGCUCUUUACAUUAUGAUGCUCUAAUUUGCAUUUUACGAUAUCUCAAAAGCAUUAUGUUUCGUGGUCUUCACUAUUCCGCUCACUCUUCCUUGCAGUUACAUGCAUUUUCUGAUGCUGAUUGGGCAGGGGAUCCUACUAAUUGCCAUUCUACUACAGGAUUUUGCUCCUUCUUGGGUGACUCUCUCAUUGCCUAG